AAAACGUCCCAGCAGACAGAUCCCACACUGGAAGGCUCCGAGAGUCUUCCUACGGGGGUGAGGUGGCGGCGGGAGGUCAGGUCCCCGCGGUCGAAGCUUCAGCGACAACGCCGGGCGGUCCAGGAACGCAGCUGGCAGAGGCCGCGCGCGCUGCAGGUCCGGGUAAACCCGGCUAUUUGGAGGAAAGCAGCGCAGCGCCGGGCCCGAGGCCGACUCAGGCCUCGACCGGGUCACCCGGGCUGUCAACCCCAGGAGGCGGCGACUCGGAACCAAGUCCGGCGCCUGAAAAGGGCAAAUGUUCAUUACGAACUCGAAUUCCGUCCCCAGACCUCUGACAACCUAGUGGGGGCCUUGGGGUGUGUGUGUGUGUGUGUGCGUGUGUGUGUUUGUGUGUGCGUGUGUGUGUCGACGUGCGCGCUACGGCGGCGGACGGGUCGGCCUCACCUCCUAGUCCGGCACGGGUAGACGAGCUGAGCUCCGCGGCUAGAAGCAGCAGCCAAAGGACUCGGAUGCCCCGCCUCCCGCACUUCUGCCAGCCGGAAGCGCGAGGAGAGCGCGUGCGCGGAAGGCUGAUCCUGCGCAAGCGCACUUAACCACGUCCGCCUGGCCCCGCCUGCCUCCUGUUUCCAAUUGACACUGGCCGCGGAAACUCAGGUGGGAGCGAAGGCCCAGAGGUCCUGCGCAGGUUGGUGAGCGUCUGCGCAGCGCUAGCUUCCGCGAGCUGGCCUGGGGAGAGUAGAGCUGCCAGAUGGUUUUGCCAUAUGAAGCGGAACAUGGCAGAAGAAGAGGACUAUAUGUCUGAUUCCUUCAUUAAUGUCCAAGAAGAUGUCAGACCAGGCUUGCCAAUGCUGAGGCAAAUCCGAGAAGCCCGUCGAAAAGAAGAAAAGCAACAGGAAGCUAAUUUGAAAAGUAAGCAGAAGAGUUUAAAAGAAGAAGAACAAGAGAGACGUGACAUUGGAUUGAAGAACGCACUAGGCUGUGAAAACAAAGGGUUUGCUUUGCUCCAGAAGAUGGGAUAUAAAAGUGGUCAGGCGCUCGGCAAAAGUGGAGACGGUAUUGUUGAACCAAUUCCUCUCAAUGUCAAAACAGGAAAAAGUGGCAUUGGUCAUGAGGCAUUACUAAAACGGAAAGCAGAGGAAAAAUUGGAAAGCUACAGAAGAAAGAUUCACAUGAAAAAAGAAGUUGAAGAAAGAGCUGCAGAACAGUUUCGAAUGCGACUUAAAAAUAAGCAAGAUGAAAUGAAGCUAGAAGGAGAUCUUAGAAGAAGCCAGAGAGCCUGUCAACAAUUGGAUACUCAGAAGAAUAUUCAGUUUCCCAGGGAGGCAUGGUACUGGUUGAGGCUUGAAGAGGAAACUGAAGAAGAGGAAGAGGAAGAAAAAGAACAAGAUGAAGAUGAAUAUGAGAGUGAAGACUUAAGUGUACUGGAAAAAUUACAAAUAUUGACUAGUUAUUUAAGAGAAGAACAUCUGUAUUGUAUUUGGUGUGGAACAGCCUAUGAAGAUAAAGAAGACCUGUCUUCAAAUUGCCCGGGACCAACUUCUGCAGAUCAUGACUAAGAUUAUUCUCAAUAAAGUAGAAGCUUGGCAAAUGUUACUGUUUCCUAAAGAUAGACAGUUGAGCAGUUAGAAUUUCCAAAUUUUUGAUACCAGUAAAGAAAGAGAGCCUU